UGCCACACUAAGCGAAACAGCAUAUUCUGAAAUUCUGCAAAAUCAGCUUGGAUAACAAAAUAAGCAAGCUAAGGGUCACCAGGACCAGCCCCAGUGCAAAAAUCAUGAACAAUGAAAUAAUGAGCAGUUGUGGGGUAAUUGUACUUACAAUGACUGUUAGUCAGAUGGAAUAUAGCUCACACACUGCUUUAAAGUGUUGUGUUAACCUUUAAACUCCUAGGUCAGACUUUUAUUUUUUAGGCUGACCUCCUCCUUCUUAUGUUAAAAGGUAUAAAGUAAAGGGAUGUACAGGAAGCUCACUCAGGAAACAGGAAAGGUGUUUGCACACUCCUGCACAAUGCAGUUAUUAGCAGCUUGAAGAGGUUGUUGGGGAGGUUUAUGCUCAGAAGUAUUGUCACGGUAAUACAGAAAAUAGCUGGAGCUACAUUAUUAUCUUUUAAAAAGCUGAAAUAUCUUCAGUAUGCAAUUUCCUGUUCUUCUCUUCAUCUCAUCUGUUUCAGCAGUAGUUGGCAUGGUGAGUGUAUUAGUUACCAAACCUGUGAUAUCCUACUGCCACCAGGCUAUCACUCUGCACUGCAAUGUUUCUCUGUCUGAUGGAAAGGACCGUGAAUUCCAGGUUACUCAUCUGAGCUGGAUUAAAGAAUCAAAUAAAACAGUUUGCUCAGAAAGCAAGACAGCUAAGAAAGGUUCCAUCCACUGCCAAUACAUGCCAAACAAACAGCUGGUACUAACUAUUGCCCACCCAAAAUCAGAUGACAUCGGACGCUAUAUCUGCAAACUCCGAUCCUCCUAUGGACAUACAAGUGCUGAUACCAAUGUGACAUUGGAGUGUCCCCAGGAAAUUGUCCAGAUAAAUGAAGAUGGAAAAAACAGGGUGACCUGCAAGGUUGAGAGGUCAAACCAUGAUGGGCGUAUCCACUGGUUUCAUGGAACAGUCAAUCUAACGAGCCAAUCAACCCAGGACAUAAAGUCUGCUGCUGAUGGAUCAUAUACAGUGGUUAGUUCUCUCAGUGUCAGUUUAAACUGGAAAACGUUUAACUGUUCUUACUGGGUACCUCAAAUUGAGCAAUAUAUAACAAGCAAGAACAUUGUUAUGGAAUAUAAUACACAGUCUAAGACAAAGUCUUUCAGCAGUGACAGUUGCAGUGGUCUGGUCUUCUGUUUGUGUCUCCUUUGGACUCUCAUUCAGCAAUAAUGGAAAUAAUGGUAGCAAUAACUCCAAAAAGCUCAUUUUGAACUUCAAUUCAGAUUAACAAACACAUUAACACACCACUCAAAUCUACACAUCAAAGAAACCUAUCUCAUGCCGAAGACUGCUUAGUCACAAUGAGGUAAUCAGGAGGAAGUAGGAUACACAGGCCUAUUAUUCCUACACACCAAAAGAACUGACAGUAAAAUUAAAAUGUCCAGAAAACCAACCUUUGUGCUAGAUCUCAAAGAAAGAUCAAUGAACACCACCUUGCCCAAACUUCUCUCCUUGCCCCCACCUCUUCCCUCUCACUCUUCUCCCCCACUAGGCUCAAGAAGGCCUAUACCACAUGAUUAUCUUGUGAAUCUGUUGUUUUUCUCCUUUCAUGUUUGGUAUCAUUUUAAAGGAUUAGUUCACUUUCAAAUAAAAAUUUCCUGAUAAUUUACUUACCCCCAUGUCAUCCAAGAUGUUUACGUCUUUCUUUCUUCAGUUGAAAAGAAAUUAAGUUUUUUGAUGGAAACAUUCUAGGAUUAUUUUCCUUAUAGUGGAAUUCAACGGCUAACUUGUUUCAUUUGUUCAUCCCGGCCACUAGGGGACACCAGUAGCACACCUCCAUUUUGAAUAAAAAAAGGAAACUGUAGAGUAAGAAGUAGUUCAGCUCAAAGCCACUUAGGGUUGCCACCUUCACCAAGGCAAAAUAAGGGACACCCAUUCAUGACCCAACCCCCCCCCCCUACCCACCCACCCAAAACAAACAAACAAGGACAAAUACUCAGUGAGUAACUCAUAGUUCAACAAUAAACAAUGAGAAAACAUGCUCCAGUAUGUAAACUUGCAACAGACCACAUUAAUAUUGUUGUUUUAAAUUUGAUUAUUUAUAAUUAUUCAUUAUUAUUAGUCUUUUUUGACAGUUCUGCAGCUGUUACCUGAAUGGGAUGAAUUUUUGGGUAUGGUUCACCCAAAGAUGAAAAUUAUGUAAUAAUUUACCCAGGUUGUUCUAAACCUAUAUAAAAUUAUUUCUUUUGUUGAACACAAAAGAGGAUACUUUGAAUAAUGUGGGUAACUAAACAGAUGCAGGUCCUCAGUAACUUCCACAGUACAGAAAAAUACUAUUAGAGUCAUUGGGGAACAGAAACUAUUUGGAUACUCACAUUCUUAAAAGUAUCUUCUUUUAUGUUCAACAGAAGAAAUAAAUUAUUACAGGUUUGGGACAACUUAUGGGUGUGUAAGCGAUAACAACAUUUUCAUUUUUAGGUGAACUAUCCCUUUAAGUCCACCGUGAACGACUGGAAUGCCUCUCUGCAAACUGUGCGUUCAUCAAUAGGUACAGGACAGACCCAUGGGUAACUUUCCCAUUCAGCCCUACAUCUGGAGAGUCUUGUGUUCAGAGGGCUAACGUGAGCUCCUCGAUGUUUUAAACCACGCAGGUUUGUUUACCGCAUGCUGCGCUCGUGUGAAAGGGCUUUAACGGAGCGUGUUCUGGAGACUCCAUCGCUAUGGAAAUAAAGACACCAAAAUCACGCGCAAAUGAGCUUCUCUAAUACUUCUUAUGAAAUUGAUUUCAUUAUAAUUGCUAUUAGUAUUAUAAACAAUGCAAAAUACUUAUUUGUUUAUUCAAAUAUGUGUUUCCCUUUGUAAAAUACGGGACAAAUCGCGUUAUUUUAAGUUAUUUUCCGUAUUUUAAGGGACGGGUGGCAACCCUAAUGGCCACUAGAAGGCAACCCUGCAACCUUUAGCCAAAAAAUGUGUAAUGGCUAAUGCUAAUGCUUCUGGUUUCCCUGUACAUGGCAAAGGAGUAGUGGUGGGCACAGCGAGGCUUUGUGAAACACUUAAACAGUCGAACCAAAUGUUCCAAUCCUUUGAAACAAUUCGAAACCCGUAUCUAUGGUGACACCUAGUGGUCAUUUUCAAAUAUUGCUCUGAAACAGUAUUGACAAUGAAUCAGUUAAGCGAACUGACAAAUUAUGACAUAUAUAAUAAUAAUAUCAAUC